GUGAGUAAAUUGGGCUGUAAAUUAAAUUCACAGGCGGGUAGAGUAAACAAUGAAUAAAACAUAAAGACCAGAAGAAAAAACAAAAACAAAAAAAAACAAAAAAAAAAAAAAGAGACGCAUCCAGACCAACAGGCGGCGGUAGACAAAGGAGCACACACCCCGGUAAUGAGAGGAGACAUCGAUGUGGCUCCGCAGCUCCUUGGGUGCGUUUGAAUGAGCGUGCUGAGCUGCGAGCCGAGGCUCCGCGGUGCUGAACGGACAGCUCCUCCGCUCCCCGACGUCUGCAGACAUGUUCACCAGGAUGUUAAAACUGCGGCUGCUCAAUGCUGUGGCGCCCGCGUACUUCUUCAUGGCUACAGCGGUCACCUUCAUCCUGCACUUCUGCUUCUUCAUCCCAACCAUCUUCCCGAGCCCGGACACGUCGCUGAGGGGCUCCACGACUCUUCACACCGUUGUUUUCCUUUUCUUGAUGUUCAACGCGCUGGGGAAUUACAUAAUGACUAUUAAGUACCCCGCCGAGAGCGCCAACGAGACGGCGGUUCCGGUGUGUUCGCCGCACUGCUCGGACAAAGUGGACGCGCACUACCUCCUGAACGGCCGGCACUUCUGCAAACUGUGUAAGAAAGUCAUCCUGAAGAGGGACCACCACUGCUUUUUCACCGGGAACUGCAUUGGCAACAAAAACAUGCGCUACUUCAUCAUGUUCUGCAUCUACACGUCGUGCACCUGCUUGUACUCCUUGGUUCUCGGUGUGGCCUUUCUAACCGUGGAGUACUCCAUCUCCUUUGAGAACCCGCUGACCUUCCUCACCCUCCUCCCCUUCUCCACUGGUUACUUCUUCAUGGGAACCAUCUCAGGCCUGCAGCUGUUCCUGGUGCUGAUGCUGUACGUGUGGCUCGGUAUCGGCCUGGUCUGUGCAGGUUUCUGUUGCCAGCAGGUGCUGCUGGUGGCCCGGGGACAGACCUGGUGUCAGAUGCAGAGGGGGCAGCUUGUGGAGAACCGCAGCCCCUGGAAAACCAACCUCAAGGACGUUUUUGGCACCCGCUGGAUCCUUGGCCUUAUUCUGCCCGUGCAGACUGUGGAGACGUGCUCUGACGACACAGAUGCACACAAACAGGACUGAGCGAUGGCUCUAAGUAGGCCGAGAGUUGUAGAAAACGCUACCUUGGGAUCCACGUGGUGAUUGAUUUGAAACACUUAAUGGAUGCUUUAUGACCUUUAAAGUUAAUCCAUGAAAUAGUUAGCUGUUAGCACACAUUCCUUUAAGGACAGGAGCCAUAUAUAAGUGUGAAACUUUUGAGUAAGCGCAUAGUGUAAGUGUGUUAAGUAAGCAGCUUUUGACAAGGCAAUAUUAAGACUUAUAAGUAGGUUGUUUAGGACAGUGGUUCUCAGCCUUUUUCAAGUCGCGACCCACAAGACAAUUCAGGUUGGGGAUUUUGACCCCGCUCCAGCACUGGGACUCGUAUCUCACAACAUCCUGAAAGUGCCAAAAUAAAAGUAGAGUUUUUUUUUUUUUUGUGUGUGUGUGUGCCCAAUCAGAACACAUGUGAACACACUUUGCCUCUUUCACAAACACACUAAAUAAUAUUUUAGGGCAAACUAUAUCACUGGUAUAGGCAAUGCUAUGUAAAAAACAUUCCCCAAUCUGAAAUACUAUUUUUUUUCUCCACAACUGUCUCACGAUCCCUGGACAUUAUCUUGUGACCACCCUUGGGGACGGUCUCGGUUGAGAACCAAUGAUUUAGGACAUCCUGCAGUUUUACGUGCUCUUCCACAUGCAUUGGAUUAUAAAAAUGGCUUUGCAUAAGUGCAUGCAAUUGCAGCUACGCGAUUUUUUAUUAUGCUAUUUACUUGAACGGUAAUACUUUAAAUUAGGGUGCACAUACUUACCACUAAAUAGUUAUAUAUUGGUAGCUUAUUGCCUUUUUAUUGGUAAGUAUCAAGCUUUUACUAAUGCCUAUUCUGCAUGACCACAUUCUACAACUAUUAGGCCAUUAAUCAGGAGUUUUCCUUUAAUAACCUCCUAAUUAAUGCUUGUUGAGGUAAGUAAGGAAGGUAUUGCUCAGUAUGGACUUCAUAAGGUAUCAUUUUUAUUUAAUUGAAGUAUUGAUGGUGUCCAUAUAACUCUAAAUUAAGUCUUUCUAAUGAAGAAUGUGUUCCCCAUUCUAAAGUUAGUAGUUUGUUAACCCUCAUUCAAUUCAAUUAGUGCUUUAGUUAUGAGUAAGACCUCAUUGACACCAUUAAUAUGGAAGAUUAACAAAAAACUAGCGAUUAACAAAUAGGAAGAUCAUAUAUUGUUAUCAAAGGGAUGCUAUGUAGAAUUGGAAGAGAAAUUCAAACUCAGAAUUGUAUUAUUUACAAUAUUAAUGAGGUAAUAAUACAAACUAAGAAAUAUUUAUCUUUUCCAUAACUGAAUAAACAAACUGAGGAAAGGGUUUUGUGGUCCACAAAACAUUUCUCGAGCUUCACAGUACAGCAGAACAGUGUUGCAGCAUUCUCCUACACGGCUGAAGUAGAAGGAAACAUUUUGUGGUUGACAUCAUGGUAAACUACUGAGUUUUCCUAUUUGCAUGUGUACCCUUAUAUAAAGUGUUACCAUUCAACGCCUGUGCCAUUGCUCUGAGAUUACCAGUAGAGUGUUAUUCUUCCACACUUCCUUGUAGGAUGCUACGAUGUGACAUUCAGGAACUUUGUGGUAGCUUUUACAACAAUAAUAUACUCUGACGUUAAGGGCUAGCAGACAAGGAAACCAUAAUAUGUGUCUAUAGUGUAAACUGCCAGGCUUGGACGACACCGCUCUGAGAAUAAGCUGUCCCACGUUAAGCCUGAUGUUUUCUCCUCAAGUGAAUGUGACUCAUGAUGCUUUGAUGAGGGCGAAGUAACAUGCUCCUUUAUAAGAAUGGGCGGGAAAUGGGAAGAUGAUAAUUAUUAUCCAGGGUAUUAUUCACAAUGUGCCAUAAACUCAUGCUUAGCGAUGACCCCAAAGAUGGGAUAUAUCCACUAUACUGCUGAUGAUAGGGCGCUCCGUAUGAUACUAGUAAGGACUUUUCACUGUUAUGCUGCGACAUAUUCAACAUCAUGUCAAAGAUGUUUUGGACUUCAGUAAAUAUACUUUUUAGAGCUAUUUUGUCUAUUCCUGUUAUAUCAAUAAAAGUGCUCAAAUCACCUUCUAAGUAUCUUCUUAUUUUAUUUAUUAAAAACUACACUCUGGUUCUAUUUCAUGUUAUCAACUUUUUUUUUUCCUUUUAAAUAUUAGGCAAAUUAUGUGGAGCAAACUCCUGCACAGUCUAACUUGGGAUGGUUGGGUUUUUUGUGUUCAUGAAUGUCUAAAUUAAUUUUUUUCUGUCCUAGAUUUUGUCUAUCACUUGUAAAGCAC